AUGAAGUUCAGCACCGUCCAACUCGUAGCCGCUGUGGUAGUGGUGAUGAGCGUCUGUCUGCUGCGCGAAUCCGUGGCGCACUCCAUCCAUCGCCCGCUCAGCGCCCCCCUGCACAGCGCGGAUACCGACACCAUGGUACAGCAGGUGGCUCAACAUGCGCAAAGUUCUGACACCGAUACUGACACUAAACUGAUGCCAGACAUCGAUACUAAAAAGAACCACAGAGACAUCUGCUGCCUGCAUGCUAACAUCCUGGACUUCUACCUGAGUAACAUCCUGACCACUAAGGAGAAGCAGGACAAGCAUCAUCCUAAACUCCCUGCCCUGAAGGAAGACCUGGCCCGAGUCAGCAGAGACCUGAAGGAACACGGCUGUGCUAUUAAACACUACAAUGACCACCACCACAGCAUUGCUUUCCGCAAGAAGUUGUCCGAGAUGGAGGAGGGGAAAGGGAUCAAGAAAGCCAUUGGAGAGAUCGACAUCCUCUUCACCUUCCUGAAAGACUUCUGUGUGCACGCCUAGAUCCAACAUCAUCCUAUAUCAUCACAUAGAGAUGUACAUCUAGAUCCAACACAUCCUAUAUCACCACAUAGAGAUGUACAUCUAGAUCCAACAUCAUCCUAUAUCACCACAUAGAGAUGUACAUCUAGAUCCAACAUCAUCCUAUAUCAUCACAUAGAGAUGUACAUCAACAUCAUCCUAUAUCACCACAUAGAGAUGUACAUCUAGAUCCAACACAUCCUAUAUCAUCACAUAGAUCUGAGUCUAGAUUUGAGUCAUGCUAUGUUUCUGUACCUUAUAUCCUAUAAGGAUAUUGUGUGUUAUAUUUUUAUUCAUUUUGCAUUGCUUAUUUAUUAUUGAUCUAUUUAUUGUUGUUACUUAGCAACAUGCAAACUGGUGAAAUGUAUUUGAAAUGCAUCCCGAUUCUGUUGACAUCAGAUGUGCAGGGUCUUGAGCAUUUCAUAUGUAGCCCCAUGGUGGCCCUUACUUUCUACAUCUUGUGCUGGACACAUUAAUAAUAUUAUAUUUAUGAAAACUUUUUGGAGAAUAUAUUUAACCAGAGAAUUUAUUCCAUUUUUAAGUUAUUAUCAUUGUUUUAAUGAUUAUGAAAUGUUUAAGUUAUUUAUACAUCUAUUGAGCUAAUGUGUAUUUAGCUAUAAAGUGAUUGUAUUUAUAUAGGAAGUGAAUGCAG